AUGGCGCAAAGAACGACAUUGAUGGAGUUUGAGGCGGUCUUCCCCAAGCUCGAGGCCACCCUCCUGGCCCACGCUCAGAAGUACAACCUGCCCGCCGAGCACCUCGCCUGGUACAAGAAGAGUCUCGAGGUCAAUGCCGUUGGCGGCAAGUGCAACCGCGGCAUGUCCGUGCCCGACUCGGUGUCGAUUCUGCUCGGGCGAGCCCUGACUGAGGAGGAGUACUUCAAGGCUGCCACGCUUGGCUGGAUGACCGAGCUGCUGCAGGCCUUCUUCCUCGUGUCCGACGACAUCAUGGACAGCAGCAUCACGCGCCGUGGAAAGCCUUGCUGGUACCGCCACGAGGGUGUCGGCAUGAUUGCCAUCAACGACGCGUUCAUGCUCGAGUCGGCCAUCUACACGCUGCUCAAGGAGCACUUCAAGUCGCACCCGGCCUACGUCGACCUGCUCGAGCUGUUCCACGAGGUCACCUUCCAGACGGAGAUUGGCCAGCUUGCCGACCUGCUGACCGCACCGGAGGACAAGGUCAACCUGGACAACUUCAGCAUGGACAAGUACCGCUUUAUUGUCAUCUACAAGACGGCCUACUACUCCUUCUACCUGCCCGUGGCCCUGGCGCUGCACAUGCUCGAGCUCGGCACGCCCGAGAACCUCAAGACGGCCGAGUCCAUCCUGAUCCCCAUGGGCGAGUACUUCCAGAUCCAGGACGACUACCUCGACAAUUUCGGCCUGCCCGAGCACAUUGGCAAGAUCGGCACGGACAUCAUGGACAACAAGUGCUCGUGGCUCGUGAACCAGGCGCUGCAGCUGGCUACGCCUGAACAGCGCGCCGUGCUCGAGCAGCACUACGGCCGCAAGGACAAGAACAGCGAGGCUGCCGUCAAGGCACUGUUCAACGAGCUCAAGCUGGAGCAGCGCUACCUGGACUACGAGGAGAAGGUGGUGGGCGAGCUGCGCACGCAGAUUGGCGGCAUCGACGAGUCCAAGGGCCUGAAGAAGGCCGUCUUCGAGACGUUCCUGUCCAAGAUCUACAAGCGCAGCAAAUAA